AUGGAUCCCGAAAAUACAUCAACUGGUAGCUCCAGUGUAAUUCGCAGAGAUACGCGGGAUAGAAUCUCCAUUGCUAAGCGCGCCUGUGAUCAAUGCAAAUUCCGCAAGAUCAAGGUAAGAUACUCCCCCCACACCAAGAGAUAUUGUCUGUCACAACCAUGCAAAUCUUGUCAGUCGAUGGGCUUUGAAUGUACUUUUAUCCAACCGCAAAAGAAGCGCGGACCAACUGGACAUCGCGUGUCACAGAUUCGACAGCAGCAAACUCUGGCAACUCCCCAGGCAUCCAGUCCAGAUGCCUUCCAAUUCCAGCCUCCAACGAUGGAGUCCGGCCAAGUAGCUUCUCUGCCUGGAGCCCCUUGGACACCAACUCGUGACUCUACAAUGUCUCAUGAACCUGAAGAACUACCAAAUACAGGUCCACCACCUGCAAUGCCAGCAGCCUGGGGUGCAUACACCGAAUCUAUUUACGUUCCGCCCAAUUUCCCCAUGGGUCUGGAUGACCGACAUGAGGUCGAGUACUGGCUUCCAGAUAAUCUGGACUCGCAAGUCCCGGUCUUUGGAUUCCCAGGCAGCAAUUUCUAUCUCAAGCCGUCUCUUCCCUCUAUCAUUCAACCAGUUCCUGAUAUAUCGAUGGGAAUGCCCCAACAUGCUCAAAAUAUGCCAUUUUCACCCGUGGGCUCCCACUCAGAGACCCAAGGGACUCCAAUAGUUUGGCCAGUCGCGAUUAACGAAGCAAAUAUGAUCCCUUGGAUUGACGUCUACUUUGAUCGCUUACAUCCAACUAUCCCCGUCCUCAACCGGUCGGCCCUGUACACUUCAAUGCUCACCCAAGAACAUCGCAGGAACCCCCAGUUCGGGGCGAUGCUCUUGUCCUUAUGUGCAUUCUCGCUCACACAGCCAAUUGAGAUCGAUGAACGACCGACAACCUCAUCUCGAGCUAGCCAGGCGCGGGCUAUGAUGCAGGAAGCCACCAAAAUGCGCAGCUGUUCGGACUUUGGCGAGAACCCAACCAUUGAAGCGGUGCUGACCAGUUUCUUUCUCUUUGGCUGUUUGUUUGGAACUAACCAGCAUAAUGCGGCAUGGCUCCGACUACGGGAGGCGCUGGACCUUGCCGCCACGCUGCGAUUGAAUGAUCCCGAAUCAUAUCGCCAUCUGUCUGGGGAAGAAAAAGGUCAACGACUACGAACGUAUCUGGUGCUUUCUAUCACAGAAAGAGCCUAUGCUCUGCAACGGCGUCACCCAAUUACCUUUUGGGGCAAGCCGGGAUUCAGCAUACGUUCUGUGCAUGACUUCAUCCACAGUGCCACGCACAGCGUCAUCUCUGGGAUUAUAGUCCAUAAUGAGAAAGAUGCCGAGGGCAUGAUGGGUCUCGCACGGAUGAUGGAGUUAUUCGACGCCAUCGACGAGGAAGUCAUCGACUGCUGGAACCUUCGAUGCCCUCUCAAUAGCGACGAUAGCUGCAAGAGGCUUACGAAAGAAAAGGCCCUAUCCAUCCACCAAAAUCUCAGUCGAGUUGAUCAGGCCGAACGCUACCGGGGCUACGACUGGUUUGAACGUGCCAAAGGAGGCAGUGAAACCAGCCAUGUAACACCCGCCAUGGGUCUGCGAGAAACCCAGGCAGCGGACGUCUUCAUCACUCAGAAAUGGCUGCAGAACCGUGUCUGGCUCCUCUGUUCAUCUCACGAGAUUAUAAAGACCGAUGCGGAACCCGCUGAGCUGAACUUUCGAUAUGCUGUGACCAUCGCCGAAUCUACUCUACAGCUGUGCAAGUCCUUACGGCUUAGCUCUAUGGAAGCUCAUGGCAUCGGCCUGGCCGAGAAAUUGUACGAUAUCGCAACUUGUGCAACAAACAUACUAUGCAACAUGAGACCACCCUAUGGGGAUGCUUGUUGGCUCGACCACGAGGUGAUACGCGGAAGUUCAACCUCCACGCCUCAAAGUCUUGCAGAAGAUUUCUUGUUACUGAUGACCAGUUUCCGUGGGGGCAAUCAUCCUUACUUGGAAAAGUAUCGAGAUCACCUGCGCUCGCUCCAGAUCAUGUAG